GCACACCCCGCACCGCCUCGCUGGGAGCCCGCAGGAGGAGCUCUGGGGCAUGGAGGGGAAGGAGAGGUGAGCAGAGCCGGCCCCCGCGCCCUGCCCCGCGCCGCACCUUGGAGCGUCCAGCCUGAGGGGGACCAGCGAUGCCUCUGGGGAUGAAUAAGCAUGGAUCUCGCUCUACUACCUCUUUGCCUCCGGACCCCACCGAGAUCGUCAGGAGCAAGGCCUGCUCCCGAAGGGUCAAGCUCAACGUGGGGGGGCUGGCCCACGAGGUUCUCUGGCGGACCUUGGACAGGUUGCCGCGGACCAGGCUGGGUAAGCUCAGAGACUGCAACACACACGACUCCCUCAUGGAGAUCUGUGAUGACUACAACCUGGAGGAGAACGAGUACUUCUUUGACAGGCAUCCCGGGGCAUUCACCUCAAUCUUGAACUUCUACCGUACUGGCAAGCUGCACAUGAUGGAGGAGAUGUGCGCCUUGUCCUUCAGCCAGGAGCUGGACUACUGGGGGGUGGACGAGAUCUACCUGGAGUCCUGCUGCCAGGCCCGCUACCACCAGAAGAAGGAGCAGAUGAACGAGGAGCUGAAGAGAGAAGCUGAGACCCUGAGGGAAAGGGAAGGGGAGGAAUUCGAUAACACUUGCUGUGCUGAGAAAAGGAAAAAGCUCUGGGACCUCCUGGAGAAGCCCAACUCCUCCGUAGCGGCCAAGAUUUUGGCAAUCAUUUCCAUCAUGUUUAUUGUACUAUCUACAAUUGCCUUGUCCCUUAACACACUUCCUGAACUACAAGGCAUGGAUGAAUUUGGGCAGACCACAGAUAACCCCCAACUUGCCCACGUGGAAGCAGUGUGCAUUGCAUGGUUUACAAUGGAAUACCUCCUGCGUUUCCUCUCCUCGCCUAAGAAGUGGAAGUUUUUCAAAGGCCCCCUGAAUGCUAUAGAUUUGCUGGCUAUCUUACCCUACUAUGUCACUAUCUUCCUCACUGAAUCCAAUAAAAGUGUACUUCAGUUCCAAAAUGUACGACGAGUGGUCCAAAUAUUUCGGAUUAUGAGGAUACUCCGGAUUCUAAAGCUCGCCCGGCACUCAACGGGUUUACAGUCCUUGGGGUUUACACUCAGGAGAAGUUACAAUGAGCUUGGAUUACUCAUCUUGUUUUUGGCCAUGGGCAUUAUGAUCUUUUCCAGUUUAGUGUUUUUUGCAGAAAAGGAUGAGGAUGAUACAAAAUUCAAGAGCAUCCCAGCUUCCUUCUGGUGGGCAACAAUCACCAUGACAACAGUAGGCUACGGAGACAUCUACCCCAAAACUCUUUUAGGUAAAAUAGUAGGAGGACUGUGCUGCAUUGCUGGUGUGCUGGUGAUUGCUCUUCCCAUCCCAAUUAUUGUCAAUAACUUCUCUGAGUUUUACAAAGAGCAGAAGAGGCAGGAGAAAGCCAUUAAGCGCAGGGAAGCUCUUGAAAGAGCAAAAAGGAAUGGUAGUAUUGUUUCCAUGAACAUGAAGGAUGCUUUUGCCCGCAGCAUAGAACUCAUGGACAUUGUGGUUGAAAAGAAUGGAGAAAGCAUAACCAAAAAGGAUAAAGUUCAGGACAAUCAUUUAUCUCCCAGCAAAUGGAAAUGGACCAAGAGAACCCUUUCUGAAACUAGCUCUAGUAAAUCUUUUGAAACUAAGGAACCAGGAUCCCCAGAAAAAGCCAGGUCAUCUUCAAGUCCCCAGCACUUGAACGUCCAACAGCUUGAGGACAUGUACAACAAAAUGGCAAAGACUCAGUCCCAGCCAAACCUUAACACUAAAGAGUCGAGUCAACCUGGAAGGCAAAAGGAAGAGCUAGAAAUGGAAACCCUUCCCGGCCCUAUGGUGCCCCUGCUGACAACUCGCACUGAUGGGAUCGUUGACAUGAGGAGCAUGUCCAGCAUCGACAGCUUCAUAAGCUGUGCGGCAGAGUUCCCCGACUCCGGGCGGUUCUCCCACAGCCCGCUCACCACCCUGCCCUGCAAGGGCGGCAUUAACGUCAUCCAGGAGCAGAGCAGGCCAGAGGGGAGCGGUGCCAGGUAUGUGGAAAUGAACCCGAGCUCCGAAGGCAGCCACCAUUCUGCUUUUUUCAUUGAAAGUCCCAAAAGCUCCAUAAAGGCCAGUAACCCUUUAAAACUAAGAUCUCUGAAAGUCAACUUCAUGGAAGAGGACACCAGCACAUUAGUACCAGCAUCAAAUGUACUGAGGAUAUAUCCAGACUCUCUCAAGAGCCGGGGAGCUGCUGCUGCCACAGAUACUUCCUUACUCUCUGACAGAUCUCUCAUGAGCCCAGAACCCUCAAUCUACACAACUGCGAGUGCAAGAACCCCCCCAAAGUCACCGGAGUCACAGGCAGCCAUAGCUUUCAACUUCCAUGAUGCUGGUAUACACAAAUACAUAGACGCUGACACUGAUGACGAAGGUCAGCUGAUGUACGAUUCCAGUCCGCCCGGAAAUGUGAGUCCCAAGUACAAUGUUACAAACAGUGGCUAUCUAAAGCAAAAGGACCAUGUUUAUAGAACAGAGAAGAACCAUCUAGAAGCUGCUGCUUUACCCACCUCCCCUAAGCUGAUAGGGCAGAACUGCAUUUACUCUAUGGAAGGUAUCACUGGAAGAACCCAGGGCAAUCAGGAGACUGUCAGACUAGAAAAUCACAUUUCCCCAGAAGUCCAUGUAUUACCAGGCAGUGGAGGACAUGCUAACACACAUGAUCAAAGCAUCUGAGGUGGGCUCCAAAAGAACUUACUGAAAGUUUAAAGGAAUGUCUUUACAGUCAACACAAACAAAAGAGCUUCUGCAUGGCAUGAACUUGGCUGAAACAAGCCACUUGUUUCUAAAAGUCUGGGGGAGGUCCAGUGUGGGUUUGUGAAAAUGUCCUUCUCUGAAACAACUCUAAAGACAUUGCCCACAUCAGUCAAAAAUAAGGAUUGCAAAUCAUGAUCACACAUUGAUCUCCUUUCAUGUUGUCCAGUGAAGCCAAUGUGACCAAAUAUCCAUCCAUUCCCCUUGAACGCUAGAGCUCCUUUUGGAAAUAUUAACAUCUGAUUUGCGUUAGUUCCAUAAAGGAUGCCAAGGCAGCCAGAUUUGAACUCUGGAAUAAAUUGCUGGGGUUGGUAUAAAGCUUUCAAAAACACAAUGCUCACUGCUUCAGGGCAGCUGUUCCCCAUCUACAGCUUUCUCUGAUGGAUAUUAUGUCUGAAGGUAACAGGGAACACUUGCAUUAUUGGAAAAUCCGAGUGAAAACCAUUUAAAACAAAUAAUGGUCUAGAGAAACCAAUUAUUAAAAUGCUCUCUGUGUGUUUAACAAUCCGAUAUCCUGUAGGACCUGAUGUUUUCUUUUGAAAUAUCAGCAGGGUGAGUUGCACCACUUGUAUCUAAUCCCAAACAUCCCCUAGGACAUAGUGAAACUUGCACUGACCCUCUGCUAAGAGCCGGUACCUGCCCCAGGGCCAGCACGUGGCCCUCGGGGGCCCACAGCCCACGUGGGAAGGUGUGAAGGAGCCAUGCAGAAGCAGGACUCUCCAGGGGCACCGCAGCCAGACCCCCUUCCCGGUGCCGGGGAGCGCAGGGCUGGAAGGAGAGCUCGGCUCUCGCCCUCGGUGGGGAGGGAGAUGUGGCUGCGCUGCCCGCGGGGACGGUGAGCGUGGCCGGACCCCCGGUACGUGCCGGGGGCACCGGGACGGCUGCCUGGCCCCCCCUUCCAGCCUGCCCGCCGACUCCAGGCGCCAGCCAGAGUCUCGCCCUUGGCGUAGGAGAGGAACAGGUUGGUCCGAAGCUUUUUGCGCCCAAGCAGCGCAGUGAAAGAUAUGCAAGUGUUACAUAAAUAUGCAAAAAGAGGGAUUCGUUAGUGACCCGUCCCGGGCCUGGCUGUGCUCCCUCUCGCCAGGAGGUUGGACAGGAGAGGCUCCUGCAGAGCCAUGGCAUGAAGCAGCUGCGAGAGGCAGGAGAAUCAGGCCUGACGUUUUAAUAGCAUCCAGUCAUUUUUAAGUGAAAUGAGAAAAAAAAAAAAAGAGAAAAAAAAAAUAUCUGACCAUUUUAAGUGAACAGAACUAGCAGCCACCAGCCUAGGUUUUUAAAAUAUUAUUGUUUCAAUAAAGUUAUGUCAAAUUGUGUAGGAAAUAAUUUGUCUUUGGUUUUUAAUCUUGGGGGGGAAAAGCACUUUACGUUGACUUUUUGUUGUCGUUGUUGCAAUGCUGGAGUAGGAUAGCAGAGUGUAACAAUCAAGCACUUUAACCAAGCACUACUUUAAUUUGUGCCUCCUGUUGUGACUGUGAUUUGUUACACGCCUGUAGCAAGUCACAACCUGUCCUGUGAUAACUGUGAUGGUAAUCUUUUCUGUUGUUCUCUGUUUCUACUGUAAAACUCAACUGUAAAUAACUGUCGAUGAGCGUUUCCUGACCUAUUCCGAGUUCUGCCGGGGCGUGUAGCGAUCUGCAGGCAGCAGGUCCGGGGACGAGCUGAGACACGGGACGCGGGAGCGGAGGCACAGGUGGGAGGAAGACCCCCCCCCCAAGCCGCUCGAGUCCGCUGCGUUUUGUUCCUUCCUAUUGUAAAACCAAGCCGUUGGUUAGUCCUGAAUGUACCGUCUGUCCGUCCAGGCCGUGCCGCACUCCUGUCUGUAACCCUAGUGGUGAAUGCAGCAUGUACGGACAAAAGCAAUAAGCACAUACCCGUUUUAGCAACUACCGUGGGUUGCGGUGAGAGCUUUGUUAGGUGUCUCCUUGGCACAAACUGUACACACGGUGGAGUGACUCUGCUCUGCUCAGCCGACCCUGGCCCCGGGCGGUGGGACCAGCCCAGGGACCCGCUCAGAGCCGCCCUUGCAAGGCGAGACCCCCGGGAAGGCGCGAGAGUAAGACCUGAGCCACCCCCUCAGGAAUUACCCGCCCGCAGCGAGAGACCUCGCGCCACGCAAAGAGUGGCGCGGAAGGUACCCAAAAGAAGUCCCAGGCACCGCGUGCUCCACAGGGUAUUUACACAGGGCCAGUUCCUGAGGUUUGUUCGCUUUUACUCUGCCUUCCCGCAGCCUAAACCACCGUUCCUCUGAGUGGGCUCUUUGCCUGGUGAAGGACUUUAGGAUUUGGCCAUAGUAAAUACAAGUGUACUUAGAGGAACCGACGUAUUGCUGAGAUACUAGUUAAGAUUGAGCUGACAUGAAAAAGUGAAGUGACUUUCCAGCAGAUAAGCUUUAAAUACUGAUUUAUUCUGUGGCUUUCUGAGGCCACGGAGCAGCAACGAGAAAUCUUAAGGAGAACAGUCUUAACAUAAUCUCUGUGUUUUAGUGAUCAUUCAUGUCUGCCAUCUGCACAACUGUAAAAAGAAGAAAAAUCAGGGAAAAUUUUUUUGAUAAAGUAAGUAAUAGUGAUUUCCAAGUUAAAUAUUUUUAGAGCUGAUGCUUUCAUGUGGAAAAAAAAGUCAUAUUUUACAUAUCACAAAAGUGAACAUAUUUAAAUAUAGCCAUAUAGUGUAGUAUUUACCACACUCUCAUCAAAAUUGAUGUAUUUGGUUUAUAGAUGGCACUGACAAAAAUGUAUAGAUCAACAAUUCUAUCAUUUUUUAUCUGAUAAUCAACUGGUGCAACUCUCCUUGUAACCAAAGGCCCUCUGUCUGCCUUGUGUGAUCGCUCACGACACACACCUUAUGUCAUCUAUUUAGUCCUACCUUUAAAGUAGCAUUUUAUUGAGUCACUUUUGAAAGCCAAAUUCAAAAGUAUCAUUAAAAAUCUACCUUUUAAGUCUGAAUAGCCAAAGUCCUAUAGAUUUCUUAUAGAAAGCAAAUAAUUAAAAAUUAAGCAUAUAAUAUGCUUGAAGAGCAUUUCUUUCUUAUUUGUGUAUGAAGAUGUAGCUCUCAUUUUGUGCCCAAUUAAAAAGGAAGUAUGUUUAAUUUAUUUUAAUGAAAUAAAGUCUGAAUAUGAAGUAUGUAUCUAUAUAUGUGUGUGUGUGCAUAAUACACAUAUAUAUAAUGUAAGCACUGGGAAAUCUACUCUAACCUAAAGCUGUGAUAGACUAAAUCUGUACUCAUUGCAAAGGAAAGGCAGUGCUUUGAAAUCAUAAUGCUCACCAAAUCCUAUAGACCCUAGAAAGACAAUUUAAUUUUAUAGUUUGUUUGAUAACAUGUUUCCCAAAGUUCAUAACAGUUGGGGAAAAUAGGCAGUAUCUCCUGCAUGCAGUAUCUCCUGAUUAAAGCAUGCAGUUUAAUCACUGAUAUUUGGCAUUCAGGUCUGUGAAUUUACUGUGCACCAUAUAUCAAGCAAGCUGACAGAGCCUCACCUGCUGCUGCAGAAGACUUCACACCUGAAAGGACUAUGUAUGUGUGAUGUCUGCGCUUGCUUGUAUCCUACACCAUCAACGUUGCUUUUAAUACAUAUCUAUAAAUAUAUAUAUAGAACAUAUAUAUAUGUGGAAGGAGUGGGUGCAGUUUUCUUAACCAGGAGGCAAAGAUUCUUUGAGUUUUAGCCUUGAACAGAGGAAAAAAGCCGUGACAUUGCAGUAGAUUUCUCAGUGCCUUUUCUUAGAAACUUCACCUAAGCACACUUAUGGAAAAAAACAAAAACAAAAACAAAAAAAACAAAAAACAGAAAACAACCCAAAACAAAAGAGUCUCCUGUGAAAUCCACAUUUUUCUGAAAGGUUCGAGAGUCAAUAAAGGUAGAAGAAAGGAGGAAAAAAAAAAAAGAGAGAGAGAGAGAGAGGAAAAGAAAACCCG